UCCCGUGCAGCUGGUAGACUUGCCAGGUACUUGGCGUUCUACAACCUGCACUUGAGUAGGACGUGAGAUUUAAUCUCAUUGAUAGUUACAUAGAGCAUCUCAGCGAUCAUGGACGAUGAAAUUGUAAGUACAAGCGUCGACGAGGGAAGUGAAUCCAGUGGCAGUGGUACUGGUGAUAGAGAAGACAUUGGUUUUACUGGUGGAACAUUGUUUGAUUGGUCCAUGCUACAAAUUGAGGAGCAUGAAAUUCAUGAGGGAAUUGGACGUAUUGAUGAGGAUAAGAUAUACAUCACAUUGGGUCUUAGAGAUGAGGAUGAUUCACAGCAUGGUGCAACAGCACAAUUUGCUUCACAAUCAAGUUUUGGUCCGCAGAGUAAUGGUGCAGAUUUGAAUGACUAUGAUGCUGACGUGCUGGUUGACGAUGAUAUUCUAGAAAGUUUCAAUAUAUUACAUGAUGUAGAUCGUCCAGAGAUGCAUUUGGGUAUUAUCUACCCCUCAAUGGUAGAAUUCAGGCUAGCUGUGAGGCAAUAUGUUAUAAACAAAGAAUUUCUUCUUGGAACAAUAAAGUCAGACAAAGAAAGAUACAGGGUGUAUUGUCAAGGGAAUGGUGGCCAAUGUCCUUGGAGACUAAAUGGUUCAAAAAACCAUAUGGAAGUGUCAUGGUACUUUAGUGUUUAA